GUCACAUCAAGCUAUAGCAGUGCUUCCUACAAUGCCAAUCCAUCUGGAGGCUCUUCUGAAGCUGGCCACUUGUCUACACAGUUAGUGCUAGAGCAUCCUUGUGUCAGCUUUCAGAACCCACCCUUCUUUGGGUUCCAGGCUGUUCCAGGUACAGAGCUCAUCAAUGAAACUGGGCACCCAUGGUUCCGGAGGGAGUGCCAGUCUCCUCCUGAGCGCUCUGCCCUGCGACCUGGUUUCUACAGUCGAUAUUCCUUGGGGAGAUGGAGGGGGCUCUGGGUACUACAAGCUUCGUUAGAGAUUCUCAAUGGUUCACUUAGUUUCCCUGAACGCUCCCUGCUGCAGAGCGGAGGGCGAUGGAUGUUUGGCCAGCCCCAAAGGGAGUUGGACCUAGCAAAGGACGUCAGCGCACCGCGAGACCUCACAAGCACUUUGCAAGGGCCAUCUGGAGACAUCCACUUUGCCAUCCGAAGGCCUGAAAUCUUCAGCUGCAGGUUUGAAGGACUGGGCAUGUGGGAAAGGAGGGGCCCCGGGGCCGGCGCGGGGGGGGGUAUGGAGGAGCCAGGACGAAACGCUUCCCAGAACGGGACCUUAAGCGAGGGCCAGGGUAGCGCCAUUCUCAUCUCCUUCAUCUACUCCGUGGUAUGCUUGGUGGGACUGUGUGGGAACUCCAUGGUCAUCUACGUGAUCCUGCGCUAUGCCAAAAUGAAGACUGCAACCAACAUCUACAUUCUCAACCUGGCUAUUGCUGAUGAGCUGCUCAUGCUCAGCGUGCCCUUUCUGGUCACUUCCACGUUGUUGCGCCACUGGCCCUUUGGCGCGCUACUUUGCCGCCUUGUGCUCAGCGUGGACGCGGUCAACAUGUUCACCAGCAUUUACUGUCUGACUGUGCUUAGUGUGGAUCGCUAUGUGGCUGUGGUGCACCCGAUCAAGGCAGCGCGCUACCGUCGUCCCACUGUAGCCAAGGUGGUGAACUUGGGUGUGUGGGUUCUGUCUCUACUGGUUAUCUUGCCCAUCGUGGUCUUCUCACGCACAGCCGCCAACAGCGAUGGCACGGUGGCCUGCAACAUGCUCAUGCCCGAGCCCGCCCAGCGCUGGCUGGUGGGCUUCGUCUUAUACACAUUUCUCAUGGGCUUCCUGCUGCCUGUCGGGGCCAUCUGUCUGUGUUACGUGCUCAUCAUUGCCAAGAUGCGCAUGGUGGCCCUCAAGGCCGGCUGGCAGCAGCGCAAGCGCUCAGAGCGCAAGAUCACUUUAAUGGUGAUGAUGGUGGUGAUGGUGUUUGUCAUCUGCUGGAUGCCUUUCUACGUGGUACAGCUGGUCAAUGUGUUCGCUGAGCAAGACGACGCCACCGUAAGCCAGUUGUCUGUCAUCCUAGGCUACGCCAACAGCUGUGCCAACCCUAUCCUCUACGGCUUCCUGUCGGACAACUUCAAGCGCUCUUUCCAGCGCAUCCUGUGUCUCAGCUGGAUGGACAACGCUGCGGAGGAGCCGGUUGACUACUACGCCACCGCCCUGAAGAGUCGCGCCUACAGUGUAGAGGACUUCCAGCCCGAGAACCUGGAGUCUGGAGCCGUUUUCCGUAAUGGCACCUGCGCAUCCAGGAUCAGCACACUUUGA